UGAAACGCAAACCAUAGAUGUGAAUGCGUGCACAUUGUCAUAAGUAGUUUUAAACUUUUAUUGUUAUUAUUUAGAACUGAAAAUGGUUAAUUUAGGUGAUACGUUUCCUAACUUUACAGUAAAUACAACAGUAGGACCAAUACAUUUCCACGAAUGGAUUGGAGAUUCAUGGGUAGUACUAUUUUCUCAUCCUGCAGAUUUUACACCUGUAUGCACUACAGAACUUGCUAGAUCAGCGAAUCUCCAUGACGAAUUUCAGUGCAGAAAUGUGAAAUUAAUAGCUGUUUCUUGUGAUUCUGUAGAGGCACACAAACAUUGGAUCACCGACAUAAACUUUGUAGGAAAUAUAAAAGAAUUUCCUUUUCCAAUUAUUUCUGAUGAAAAGCGAGAAUUAGCGGUAAUGUUGAACAUGAUUGAUCCAGAUGAAAAAGAUUCAAAAGGAAUGCCUUUAACUGCAAGAGCUGUUUUUGUAAUUGACCCACUAAAAAAGUUACGGUUGUCUAUUUUGUAUCCUGCCAAUGUUGGGAGAAAUUUUAAAGAAAUUUUAAGAGUAGUGGAUGCACUUCAGUUAUCCGACAAGCACAAAGUGGCUACACCUGCAGAUUGGAAGAAGAAGAUGAGGAGAUGAAGAAGAAAAGGAAAACAAGAAAAGCACCCUUCUGGUGGUUACUAACGAACGGAAUGUGUUCUUAUUAUUAUCAUCAUCAACCGUCACCAACAGACACCGCCACGUUAAAGUAUUCUUUCCUACAUAUAGAUAGGGAACUGAAGCGCAAAAAAACAUAUCGUUUCAACCUUCUGCCGCCUGGAACAUCAGCUUUUUAAGUAAUUGAGAGCAUUUUUCUUAUAUAAUAUAUGGACGAAAUCGGAGACCGGUUAGUUUUGAUGGUAUAAUUUACUUAAGGCCCCAGUCACUCGUUUUUAGACAAAUGAGAUUUUUUUUUAUGUAUACAAGGUAGAACUUGGACAAAAAUUGACCGAUGCAUUUUCGAUUUGGAUGAAAUUUUAUUAUUUGCGGGUUUUAUAUCGAAAAAAAAAAAGAGAAUCGUGUUCAAGGAUUUUUUUUUCAAAAAUUUGGGAAAUAGAAGUGAUCGAAAAUUUGAGAAUUUGGUGAUUUUUGGCUUUUCAAAAAUUCAUAACUCCGGCUGAUAGGGUCGCUUAAAAUACUACAUAUUUCGGGAAAAAUACUAGCAGAAAUUUGGGUUCAUAUUCCAUUUUGUUGGAUCGGCUAGGGUUCACUUACUUUUUAUUCACGCACGGGAAAAUGGCCUAUGAAUUUUUUCCGUUACUAUUUUUCUCGGAACGUGGAGUAUUUUAAGUAAAUUAUACCGUCAAAACUAAGUGGUUAGGCCGAUAUUUUAUAUUCCUCCCCAUAACUUGAAAUUUGUUAUUUUAAAUGGAGCACCCUGUAUAUUAUAAUGAUUUUAAUUUCUACUUAGACUGUAGGUAGACUUUUACGAGGCUUUCCUACUUCUAAAAUUUACCGUUUUGGAGAUAUUCAUUUUUUGUAAAAAGGUUGCACGCAGCAGUAGGAAGCGACUACUACAUUACAAUAAGAAAGCAAGAAACGAUAUUCUCAAGGCAGAUAGCUAUACCUUCAGACUUCCCGUUCUUUUCCUCGAGCAUGUCAAAUUGAAACCUUGAAUUAUUGUACGCAUUGAAUAAAUUACAUUUUAAUCUAAUUACGUGAUUUAUUCAUUUAUGUGUUUGUUUUGUAUUUAGUGGUGACCGUGACAGGUCACAUAGUGAUCAGAUACAUAGUGGGUGUUCGCGCUACGAUAGUGUUUAUAUUGUGGAAUUUUUACACACUUUAACGACGUUAUUUAUUGGCUUCUGUUAUAAUAACGUUUCGUGGUUUUGAAUCAAGUUAAAAAUGGUUACCGAGUUAGAGAAAAAAUGAAAAAAUAGUUUGUAUGUAGAGUAUCGUUUACGCGUGUUCUCAACGAUCUUGACGCGCUUUUGAAAACAAACCCCAAGCAAGCAACAUGUAACAGUUUCGUAUGGGAUGCUGGAAUCAAAAUUUGAAGAAAGAAAAAUUAUAGAUUUUGCAAUGUACAAGGCUUAUCUGGAAAUCGCUGAAGUAGACGACUAACUGAAAGAAGUUAAAUCUGCUGAUGACUACAAAAGAAAGUUCCUUGGGUUGCGCUUUCAAUAUGACCGACCUAUGGAAACAUCAAGCCGAUCCACGUUGAAAUAGACCAGGAUUCACAGGGUGAUAGACGUUCGGUAGUAAGUGAAGUCGAUGUCACAGGUAGGCGUAAUAUUAAAUUAACAAAAAUAGAGUUUAAAUGGUUCGGUGGCGGUAUUAAACAUUGUUUACCGUUUUGGGCACAAUUCAAGAAGAUACAUGAAGAUGCGGACAUCGAUAGUUACGAUAAAAUCCAGUAUCUAAUUCAAGCGACGGUAGAAGGAAGUCAAGCGAGGCAACUUGUGGAAAGUUUUUCGGCGAUUGACAAAAACUACGCGAAAAUCGCUGAAAGUGUACAGUCGUGUUUUUGUCGGGAAGAUUUGCAAAUAGUCUAUGUGCGCGAGUUGGUAAAGCAUAUUUUACAUAAUUGUAAUAUACUGAUCAUAUUCUUUUUUAUUUUCUUCAUUAUGUUUUUAGGUUACAUCUAUUGGUAUUCAUUGAGUAUCAUAGAUAGCAUGUCUUAACUAUAGAUGGUGUACAUAGUAUACUCCUAUAUUGCUAGUCGGGGUCUAGAAAGAGAUGACGACCCAACAGUGCAGACAUAUAUGCGUCUGUCUCUCUAGUAACUACUUCGAGUAGUACGCGCAUGCUCGACAAUUGAACAUGCCUAUAUAAGCGUGCAUCAUUUACCCCACCAGACUCGUGACGAUUGCGCACAACGGGUUGAGUAAUGUAAAAAGAGACAGAAGUAGUCGUUUGUUGUCUCACUUACUCUGUGACACUUCUAUUUACAGGAACUAGCAACAUAGGAGUAUUAUAUAUAUGCAUUAUAUCUCCUUUUUUUUUAAUGUUCUAAAACUUAAGUUAUUAUAAAUUCAGUUUGUUAGGCGGUUUAACUAUUCUUCCUGAUCUGGUUGUUUUCUGUGAAUAUAUGGUUGUUUGAUUGCCUUUGAAUGAUUGCGUUGGAGUAGAAUCUGUGUUGAGUCUAGGUCUUGGUAAGCUGUGGUUUCCCAUGUUGUACAUCUGGAAUAUUUGGAACCAUGACUCUAUUUAGACCAGGCAGCGAAGCUUGUGUUUUGUGUAGUGAGUUUUUUCUGAAUUGCCGAUCAUCCUUCAUUUGUACUUUGAAAGAUCUACGGUUUUCGGAUUGUCUUGCUGUUAUUUUAUCUCCCCUUCAGUUUCUAUGUGUAACUUUAAUCCGUAUUUAAUCUUCUACCUGUAAGUUUUCAGGUUGCGUUCUUUUAUGUCUUUCUUAGUUGCUGUAAUCUCUGCAACAUUCAUAAUGAUCUUUGAUUUUAGAUUUACAUCACUUGUUGGUAACAGCGGUUUUGUUAUUCGACUAUACAGUCUUUGGUUUAGGGAUUAGUAUAUUAUCUCUGGUUGCAAUCUCUACUUAAUGUAUCUGUUUAUCCAAGUGAGUAGUGCUAAUUGGUAAUCAGUCUUAUCUGACGCACACUUCUUCAGAAAUUUUAGCUAGUUCAGUACAGCUUUGUCUGCUAAGCUAUUUCCCUGUGAAUGGUAAGGGCUUGGAAGUUCGGUGAGUGAUCCCAAGAGUUUUCAAACUCUUUAAAUUCUUCGCUAACGUACUGGGUUGUGUUGUCGCUCUUGAGGACUUUUGGAACCCCAUGUGUUCCGAACCAAUCUUUUGGUUCUUCAGUUUUUUAAAAUCCACGUUGUUGGAGUAGUGUCCGUUAUUACUAGGUAUGGGUCGUCAUUGAAGAGAAAUAUAUCACUCGCUAUAAUUUGCCAUUGUAGUGUAGGUAUUUUCUUGUUGAUAACUUUUUCACAUAUUUCACAGUUUGUAACCAUAUCGAGUAUAUCUUUAUGUCGACCUUUCCAAUAAAGUAAUUGUCUGGCCCUUUCCAAAUAGCUUUGUAUUCCAAAGUGUCCAAUGUGUAUACACUUUAGCAUUUUAGGUACCAAUACUUUUGGAACAAUUGUUUUGUCUCUUUUAAUAUUAAUUUUUCAUAAUACGCUAAUUCUUCACAAAUAUUGUAGUAAUGUUUAAUCUCUGGUGGGAGAUCUUUACUUUCUUUUGGGAAACCUUUCAAUUUGUACUUACUUUAUUAACAACUGGAGCUCAAGCACUUGCUGAUGAUUGAGUUAGUUUUUCUUUGCUGACUUUUGACAUACUUAAUGUAAUCAUAACAUUAAGUUUUUUGUCCUGUUCUUGAUAAUUGGAAUGAUUGUAAUCUCUACUUAAUGUAUCUGCGAAUGGUAUAUAUGAGAGGUAGAUUAAAAACGAUGACAAUUGUUUUGUAACAACUCUUUUAUUAAAGUAUAAUUUCAUCUGGAUUACAAACUGUGAAACAGCCGUUUCUAACUUCUUAAAAAGUGUGAAGAUUGGAAAAAACUUUGGCGGUUGUUGUAGAACAAACAGAAUAGCUCAAAGUCAGUCCCUGAAGA